CAUCAUCUGAAACAAAUCACCCGCGUUCAAGUGUGUUCCCUCAUCCCGCUCUACGGACAUGAAGUUGUGUGUGUGAUUUUUAUUUUUAUUAUUUUUUUAUCAUUUCUUUUAAGAUGUAACAGUUUUACAAAACAGCACGCAGCUGCUCAUUAUUUUUAUGAUACAUCGUGAUUUUCCGUUUACAUUGAUGUCUUAUUUGUGUGCUCGCUGCUGAGUCUCGAGCAGUUGAUGAAACUGAAGUAGCAGCUGCUAUUCAAACCUGCCUAUGAUUCAUUAACAUCAGAGUUACGAUGGCUAAAAAAAGAAGUGUCUCAAAAAUUGUGGUGGCAUGUGAGUGGGCAUCUUGCACUUUUAAGAGUCAAAGCAUGGAGGAGAUGAGCGACCAUAUGUCUCUGCAUCUCAAGGAGCAUCUUGGGGAUGGAGAUGCCAUGGAAGAGCUGGAGGAUUAUCCAUGUCUGUGGAGGGGCUGUGAGUUCCUGGCAAUGGGAAGCCAAAGUGAGCUUGUUGCUCAUGCACAUUUCCACAUCUUCCACAGCAAGCUGAAAUACAUUGGUACUCAACUUCUUGAAUCCCACCCCGAACUGCCUAGUUGCACUCAGGAUCUCCAUAGUACCAACCUUGUACUAGAUGUCUCGGAGGGAUUUGUCUGCCAAUGGGAGCACUGUGAUAGUUCAUUUAACAAUCCGGAGUGGUUCUACCGCCAUGUCGACAUGCAUGCGCACUGCACCGAGCUUCAGCCACUUCCUGAUCGACAGCAGGCUCUAUUCUGCAGCUGGUCAGGCUGUGAUGCAUUCUUCAAGAUCAAGUACCGGCUACGUGAACAUCUGCGCAGUCAUACACAAGAGCGACUGGUCGCUUGCCCCACCUGCGGCUGUAUGUUCUCCAGCAACACCAAGUUCUUUGAUCAUAUCCAGAGACAAGCAGAGCCAGAAGAUUCUCUCACAUGUGGGCAUUGUGACAAGGCCUUUGCCAACGAGAGGCUUUUGCGAGAUCAUGUUCGUCAGCAUGUGAAUCACAUAAAGUGUCCUCUCUGUGACAUGACAUGCCCGUCCCUUUCCACGUUAAAGAUCCACAUCAAAUUCCGUCACUGCGAUGAGAGGCCCUUCCCAUGUGACUUCUGUGAGAGCAGCUUCAAGAACCAGCAUGAUCUGCGGAGACACAUGGAAACCCACAAUGAGGGAGCAGCUUACCACUGCACAGUCGAGGGAUGUGGCUACUCGUCACGCAUGGCCCACACCAUGAACCAGCACUACAAGCGAGUACAUGAGGAUAACAUGGUCUCGAGGUAUAAGUGUCAUCUUUGUGACAAGACCUUCUCUUGGUGUUACACUCUCACCCUCCACCUUCGAAAGAAGCAUCAACUAAAAUGGCCAUCUGGUCACUCCCGUUUUAGGUACAAGAAGGAUGAAGACGGAUACUUGCGACUCAACAUGGUGCGCUUCGAGACUGUGGAGGUGACAGAAGAGUUGAUAAAGAACAUGGCUGAAAAACGCACACCUCGCAAAGUCUCUGGAUCAACCGCUCACUCCAAGGAGGCCUCGCUGCAUCCCGACAGCAGCAACAGCACUCCCCAACACUCUUCCUCCCCCUCCUCGCCUUCCUCAUCCUCUUCAACCUCAGAGCUAUUGGAGGGGGCUGACAGCAGUGCAGUUAAAGGGGAUGAAACUUCAGUGUAUUGUGUGUUGAACAAUGUGACUGAGGUGAAUGGGGAGCAAGAGGAAAUGGGACAGCACAGUGGGCCGUCAGGAGCUGUUAGAGCUCUAGCUGCAGUGGCGAGAGGUUUAGGAAUGGAUGUGGUGUAACCCGCGUAGCCAUAGAUAUCCAUCUAAUGCAGUUUUACAGUGCAGGCACACCAUUUUAUCAUGUAAUAAGAGGAACCCCUGAAAAGGGAGAUAAUGUGUUUAAGAAAACACUUGGAAUCCUGGAUUCCUCUGUAGAGGUGGAAUAGAUUCCUCUUUUAUUAGAUAACAUUAUAAUGUUUCUAUAAACUAAUAUGCACCGUUCAAAGGGUGAUAGUGACAUUGUCUUUUGAGUGUUUUAUUUGACGUUUUAGUUGUUUUUAUUAUCUCAGGUGUCUAAUACAGAUUUAAAUGAAAUAUGUUUUGUCUGGAAUCUGCUCCACAUAGCAUUCUUCUUUAUAAGGUUAAAGUGGGAACUGACUGAGUUUACAGUCAAUGUUCAUUUUUGAUGUUUUAACUCUUUUAAAAACAUGUACUUUUGCUUUUAGAAUUUGUAAAAAUAAAUUAU